AUGCCCGGCGGGUGCUGUGACGGCGGUCUGUCCCCGAUGGGCCAACGCCUUGUUCUGAACAUGGUCCGCCGCGUGCUGGAGGGCAUGAUCCUGUUGAAUCUGGCGAGUGUGUCGGUCUUUCGAUUUGGCAUUGUGCCUGAGACUCCUCACGUUGUUCUUGACCACUCCAUCUCGCGCUUCAGCGCUGGUGCAUCGUUCAUUGAGGACGCCUGCUACAAGCUGUCCUCGACGUGCUCAUGUCCGGACGAGACGGCAUCAGCACAGCCUUGA